UGACUGGAGUUGAGACGUGUGAAUCGAAAAUUUGCGGGAAUACGGUAAGUCCCGCGUGGGAUUCGACGAACACAAAGAGUGAUAAUUGUGCCAUGGAGACCGUGGAUUCAUCCAACGCGAAAAAUACCGGGGACAUGUCGUAUCUUCUGCCUUCGAAGCCGAAGCUGAAGAAAUCGGUGAACAGCUCGGCGGGAAAACCGAAACGCAAAUCACGAACAGCCCGUAGGCGAUUGAACGCUCAGACAAACAAUGCGUCGCUGCACUUCUCCGACACGGACUCCGAAGGUGAGUUGGCAUUGCUGAAUCCACGUUCCGUUAUCGUCGUACCGUCGAGAGACCUGCAUGAAAUGUGCGGUCACAUCGACAUGCCAAAUCCGACGAUUUCGGUGACGACGGAUGAAGUCGAAUGCCACGGGACAAACGCAAACGACAUCGAUUUACAUGAACUUAAACUAUCGACCCCCAACCAAAGCAGAAGGCAGAGUUUCGUGGAGAAUUUGACCGACUGCGAUGACAUAUACAGCAGUGAACCCGAGGUGUUGCAAAAUGAUGGAGACAGCGCGGACGCCGCCAACGAGUUAUUGAAGGUAAUUAAUUGCUCUGGACAACUACGUGAAACUGAUUGCGAGGAUUUAUCGAUCGAUGGUGAUGACUGCGAUGAGGGUUACUCCGGACGGCCGAUUUACGUGCCGAUUAGAACCGACAUACUCGCGGACUUGAACGGCGAGAGGAUAACGACCAAGGAGGGUGACGGCCCAUUUUCAAUUGAAGUCAGGAACCAGUUGUCUUUUGACGAAGGCGCCGCCGUACCUAUCAACACAGGUAACCGAGAUCACGGAGAUGACUUUGUACCUCCGCCGGUGAUCACGGCAACGGGUACAGAUAGCGAAGACAUGGACGCAUCCGAUGAAGAGGACGCGGUGAUCGGUACCCGUCGGACAUUCGACGAGAUAUUCCAAGAUCUCGAUAUUGGGACAACGUCGCAGAUUGUUGUCAGGAACUUGAACAUGAUCGACGAAGCUCAUCAUCGACUGGGCGUCAACAAGCCGGUGAUUUACGACGGUACCGCCGACGGGCAUACCGACGUCGAGGAUAUUGAGUGAUGUAUCUCCAUGGCACGCGUACAGCCACAGGACAUGAUAUUCAUUUCGAGAGAUGACUAUUAUAAUUAUUGCGAUAAACGAAAUCGUAAAUUAUACCAAUGAGUAGUAUACUUAUACAUUAUGGUAUACCGAGAGUUUUUCUUGGAAGAACUUGCCCGACAAUAAAUGCCACUCGUCUAGUUUAUAAAUGUAGCCAAUUUCGUAAAAUCUCGUCGUAAACACUUGUCAACCGGUCCAUUCUAGGGAACUUGUCCUUGUCCGUUGUCAGUAAAGUUUUAUGCUUCAGGCUGUGAGCAUGGAUGUCAGCCAAUCAAAAUUAAGCACGCUGAUUGCGAGCGCUACGAGCAGGCCCUUCCAAGAAAAAGCUCUGGAUAUGUAUAUGCAUUAGCAGCUUGUAAGGUAUGAUAUGCAAAGUAUCCGUCUGACAACGAGAGGUCUAAUGGACAAAGGUGUAUCUAACAUAUAUACAUACAUACAGUAGCAGUCAAAAGUAUUUUGACAAAGAUAGUAAUUAGGUUGGUUAUACACAAAUAUAAAAUAUGAAAACCAAUUAUAUUUUUUAUUAAACCAAAUUCGAUGUUCUACACUAUUGUAGAAAAUUAACUUUCGUUCGCUAGAAAAUAAAGUUGCAGGGAUGAAAAAUAAGAAUUAUGCAUCAAAAUAAUAACGAAUUUCGUAUUCUCAAAAUACUUUUUAACGCUACUGUUGGUACAUACAUGUGGGUAUAUUAUAUAACAUAACGUAAAUGGCAAAAUGGCGAAGGAUGACAACUCCAUGGACGACAAUUAGGUGCGGUAUAUGGUGCCGAAGUCAUCUUCAGUUCAGAAACAACUAUGCAUGUUUAUGACAUCUUUACGUUGUGUGUGUAAAUUCCCGGCUCGUUCCUAUAUUUUGAUCCCGUUCACAUGUAAAACUGUACCUGCACGUGCAUGUGAGGAAACAUGUAUAUUGAAUGCAGGUGUAAGGUAGAUGCAGACUUGCAAUGUAUAAUAUAAAAUUACAUGAUUAUUAUAGACGGUCGACAUACGUUGGAAAGGUGUAUCUUUAACCUGUACUUGUAUAAUCCAAUCUUGAAAGGUUUGUCAUUAUAUCUGCCAAGUCCCAUUAUCAUAUGUUUGGUCACCAACAUCAUUUUACUGAUUGAUGUUACAGUUCGAUAUAUGGUCAUAUACAUAUACAUAUAAUACAUGUUGUAUACCCCUGUAUGGGUUGGUAAUAAAAAAAAUAAAAAAAAUAA